GCAGCAACAGGUCUGACCUUCUGAAUGGGAGUUUACAUGAAGGGAAGCUUGAAACAAAAGACCACGAUCAGGACAAAAAGACAGUCUGAAGAAGCUAAAGUCACCGAGCAGUGCCACAGGCGCCCCGCUCACAGUCGAGUCCCUGCUGGGUUUGCUGGGUCGGUCAGUCUGGAGCAGCGUGGUGCCGUGGAGGUGAUGCACUUGCUGGACAACUGGAGAAAGGAUCUUCAUGUGUCGCAGGGAGCUGUGGACAGCUCAGUGGAUAUGGACCGCCUGAACAGGAACAUGCCCGAGUGUGGACAGCAAACUCACCAGGUGUUACAGAGCACCCCCCUGGACCUGAUCGAGACCGGAAAGGGGCUGAAGUUCCAAGCAGAGCGCCCCCACUUGGUGAGCUUGGGGAGUGGACGACUGAGCACAGCCAUCACCCUGCUGCCACUGCCUGAGGGCCGGACCACUCUGGGUCAUGGUCCCAUGGACAUCAGCAUCCAGGGUCCUGGUGUGGCAGCUCAGCACUGCUACAUAGAGAACAGGUCAGGGGUUAUCACGCUGCACCCCUGUGGGAACCUCUGUGCUGUUGAUGCCAUCCAGAUUAGACAGCCCACUCGCCUGUCACAAGGCUGUAUGCUGUGUUUUGGCCAAUCAGCCUUCUUUCGCUUCAACCACCCCGAGGAAGCCUUCAGGAUGAAGAGUAUGAUGCCCCAAGGAGGAAGUGUCCCUGCUGGAGACUACAGACUCUGUGCAGACACAGAGAGCUUGGUCAAUGGGAAUCACCAGGCCAGUCCAGCCCAGUGUCCCCCAGCUCCUGGAGAGAAAGUCCAAUCCGAGCACAGCGCUAUCGUCAGCUCUAUUGAGAGGGACCUCCAGGAGAUCAUGGAUUCUCUAGUCAUGGAUGACCCUCAGCCUUCUUCAUCGGAGGCCAAAAAGAUUCCCGGGGGCCAGUCCGCAGCUCACUCUCCGCUGUCACCUAUGGUCAACGGAGGGGGCCGGUAUCUGUUAUCACCUCCUACCAGCCCAGGGGCCAUGUCUGUGGGGUCCAGCUAUGAGAACACAUCGCCUCCUUUUUCCCCACUGUCCUCACCCUCAGCAGCCAGCAGUGGAAGCUUCACCAGUCCAUCUCCUAGUGGAGGACCCCAGGACCAGAGUUCUUCUCUGCCGCCAGUGCCUGUACGCUCCUCUAGCUACAACUUCACCGCCCAGCCUCCGCCGGUACCCCAGCCACGGACCAUAUUGCCUAACUUCAGCAGCAGUGGGGUGAGCCAAAAGGUUCAGGAAAGCCCCAGGUUGCCACGAAAGGUCUUAACAGAGGCUCUUCCAAGCCCCAAGCCAAGCCACAGAGGACUGGGCCAAGAUGGGUCUGAGAGCCCUCGGCAGACCCCCCUUCUGUCCUCCAGUGAAUCUCUUAGCAGUAGAAACGCUGUGCCAAGUAGCCCCAGGCUCACACCCAAGUUUCCGACCUGUUCAUCCCCAUCGCCCUCCAGCCCCAGGACCAAGACUGCGACAGUGCUCCAAGAAAGACCUGCCAGCCCCUUCAGAGAGCACGCCCCUCUGGCCGAUCGCUCUCUUACUUCCAGCCCCUCCAGGCAGCUUUCCCAACCCACCAGAGCGUUCCAGCCUCCCCUGGACCCUAUCGUCCACAUAAUCCAAGGAUCACCUCUUCAGCAGCAUCCACGCUCGUUGCAGCCCCCAGAAAGCCCUCGCUUGGCCCGAAGGAAUGUGGAAGUGAACGGGGGCGGUGGAGCGGGCAGCAGUAUGAGAGAGUUGCCACCUUUAAGCCCCUCCUUGGCUCGCAGAGGGAUUCCAGUUCUCCCAGGGGCACUUCCGGGCACGGUGAACCCACUGAGGCCUCUGGACAGCCCCUCAAAUCUGGGCAAGGUUGUUCCAGAGAGCCCCAGACUUCGGCGCAAGUCGGAGGAGCAGACUUGCGGCAGAGGCAUCCGAGCUCGCAGUCCUUCACCUACCUCUUUGUUGACGGAGGGCAGCGUCGGGGGCGCGGGGGUACGGAAAGCGAGCUUUGGGAAUUCCUUGUCGCCUGCUUACAGUCUGGGCUCAUUGCCAGGUUCCUCUCCUGUAGCCAGCCCAAGGACCCACAGAAAGAUGUCUGCAGGGAGACCGCACCCCGGUAUGAGGGAGAGAAAGAACAGCAUCACAGAGAUCAGCGACAACGAGGACGAUCUGCUGGAGUACCACCGACGACAGAGAGAGGAGAGGCUCCGCGAGCAGGAGAUGGAGAGGCUGGAGAGACAGCGACUAGAGACCAUCUUAAACCUCUGUGCUGAGUACAACAAAGGAGAGGGCACCGGCCUGGAUCCGCUGUGCUCGGGGAGGUUGGGAUUCCCAGGAUGUCUGGAGAACGCGCCGGGAGGGAUGGCGUCUUCAAACACGCUCCGUCUAGCACAGAGACAGAGGGAGAGCGACGAGGAGAACCUGAAGGAGGAGUGUAGUAGCACAGAGAGCACUCAUCAGGAGGUGAGGACGUCUCCUGCUCCCAGCGCAGCAUCCACACUGCACAAUGGAGACAGACAGCACGAAGACUCCUCCAGCGCAGGCAGCGGUGGUCGUGUGGAGCUGGGCUACCUGGAGGAAGAGCGGGUCCGUGUUCUGGCUCGGAUUGACGAGUUCAAAACCCGGCUCACAGAACUGGAGCAGCAACUCCAAGAGUCCAAACAAGAGGCUGAGAUGGAGCGCGCCUUACUGCAGGGCGAGAGGCAAGCAGAGCUCGACCAGAUAGAGACCGAAACAGAUAUCAUCGCUCAGCUGCAGCACAAGCUGGACGAGCUGGAGAGCGCCAUCCAGAGAGAGAAAGACAAGGAGAGGGCUAAUGUUGAGGCCGAGCGCCGGGUUCUGCAGAGCCUCCAGGAGGGCUACGCUGAGCUGAAGAACCAGCUUCAUAAUUGUCCCGAGUCCCUGCGGGAACAGUUGCAGGAACAGCUCAAAAGGGACGGAGAGGCACUGGAAGCAGGAACUAAAAAGUUUGAGGACCUGGAGUUUCAGCAGCUGGAGAGAGAGAGCAGCCUGGAGGAAGAGCGAGAAACCAUCAGCCAGCAGCUGCUGCAGGAGAGAGCCGAGUACCAGCACAGUGUGGCCAAGAGGAAGGAGAAGGUGUCGGCUCUGGAGAACCAGGCCAACCAGCUCGGCCUGCAGGCAGCUCAGGAGUGUGAGCGGCUGGCUAAAGACCGAACGCUCACACUGCAGAUGCUCCAGAAGGAGAAGGAGAGGCUGUCAGCCCUGGAGAAGAGAUACCACAGUCUGACUGGAGGAAAGAGCUUCCCCAAGUCUUCCACUGCCAUGAGGGAGGAUUAUGUGACAGUGGGCCAGUUAAAUCAGAUGUAUGGGAUGCCAAAGGUGGAGUCGUCCCCUACCUCCCCACUUCGCCAGCCCCUGCAGCCCGGAGCAGUAGACCCCACCUUCUCCUGCCUCCCCUCUCCUCAUGCCUCCUUCCCCCCUCUCUCUUUAGAGUCUGAAGGCUGCAGGCCUCACCUGUCCAAGCUAGACUUAGAGCAGUGGUACCAGGAGCUGAUGGCUGGCUCCAGCCACCUCUGUCCUCCCUCUUUGCCAGCCAGAUGUUUGUCGGGCCGCAGGCCUGUGCUGCAGGUGUUCCGCUCCAAGCUGGACAGCGAUCCCGGCUUUUCCUUCCACCAGCCUAAGUCCGGCUCUGCUUCCCCCCUGCAGCAUGGAGCAGCAACGCUAGGACGCAACACAGGCUCCAAGAGCCCCCUGCUGGCGGUCGGCAGCACCGGAAGUCUCCCCAGGAACCUGGCUGCAACGCUGCAGGACAUCGAGACCAAGAGGCAGCUGGCUCUGCAGCAGAAAGAGCCCCAGACCUCCAGACAGAGCGCCGUAGAGGGAAGCUCAGCAGGUCAGCAGGUGAUCGAAGAGCAGCGCCGCCGUCUGGCCGAGCUCAAGCAAAGAGCAGCAGCCGAGGCUCAGUGCCAGUGGGAGGCCCUCCACGGCUCCCAGCCUCACCUCAUGACCUCGUCCUCCCCGUCUCCCUCCUACUCCCCCAUCAUGGCCUACAGCCCCGCGCUGAGCCACACUUCCUUGGGGCCCCCUCCUCUGGUUCAUCACUCCAUCCUGCACCAUCAGCCCCCGUCGGCCGGGGAGCAGCCGUACGACACCCUGAGCCUGGAGAGCUCGGAUAGCAUGGACACCAGCGUGUCCACUGGGAACAACUCGGCCUGCUCGCCUGACAACAUGAGCGGUAUUGGAGGUGUGGACGCGCUGAAGAUCGAGGAGAUGGAGAAGAUGCUGAAGGAGGCGCAGCUGGAGAAAGCCAGACUUAUCGAAUCGCGGGAACGGGAGAGCCUGGCUCGCCGUCAGAUGCUCGAGGAGGAGAGGAGGAGGAGGGAGGAGGCCGAGAAGAGACUGCAGGAUGAAACUUUCCACCGGCAGCAGCUGGUGGAGAAGGAAGUCAAGAUGAGGGCCAAGAACUUCUCUCAGGCCCGUCCUAUGACUCGCUACCUGCCCAUCAGGAAGGAGGAGUUUGAUUUGCGCUCGCACAUCGAGUCGUCUGGUCACAGCGUGGAGACGUGCUAUCACGUCAUCCUCACCGAGAAGAUGUGCAAGGGCUACCUGGUGAAGAUGGGAGGCAAGAUCAAGUCGUGGAAGAAACGCUGGUUUGUGUUCGACCGCCUCAAAAGGACUUUCUCGUACUAUGUUGACAAACACGAGACCAAGCUGAAGGGAGUGAUCUACUUCCAGGCUAUAGAGGAGGUUUACUACGAUCACCUGCGCAGCGCCACAAAGAGCCCCAACCCCUCGCUGACCUUCUGUGUGAAGACCCACGACCGCCUCUAUUACGUGGUGGCCCCGUCGGCCGAGGCCAUGAGGAUGUGGAUGGACGUGAUCGUCACGGGAGCAGAGGGGUACACGCAGUUCAUGAACUAAGAGGAGCGCUGGGACGAGCCGGCGGCUUUGGCGGGGACGCUCCCAUCACAGACUAAGACUCUUCCUGUUUCCUGUCCUCCGAUGGCUCGCCUUCCUGUGUUACUUUUCAUUUUGAAUCUAACAUCUUUGAUUUGACCGUGUACUUGUUUCCACGUCCACUCUAUGUGAUUCUGUUUGGAUUUAAAAAGGGAGGACACACACACACACACACACACACACACACACACACUCGUCUGUAUAUAAACCAAAUGUAAACCUGUCAAAGACUUUAUUACAAAGCCUUUCUAUAUUGCCAAAUGGAGAUCUUAUAGUUAACUGUUUGUUGAACUUUUGUAUUUUUUGUUCCUUUAUUUCUUUUUUACUUGUAGAGAAAAUUGCCAAAUCACACGAUGCCAAUGUUUUUUCCUUUUGUGACUUUGUUAGACAGGAACAGUUUGAUUGAAUCCUGUAAUCAUUUUUAGAAAUAUUUCAAAAAAAAAAUCUAAUUUCCAAUGUAUAACCUGAGAAAUACUGUAAUCCCUGAGUGAGCCGGAGCUGGAGAGGACGUUUGUCUGUAACGGCGAAACACAGAGGAGCGUGUUUCAGCUUCACACUGAAGACGAACACUAAGCCAAUCAGCAUCCACAGCUACACCCACGGCUCCACCCUGUUCCUAUCUCCACACACAGGCUUACCAAAGUAACUGGAAGUGACGUUAGACUGUGAGCCGCUACGCUCAGGAGUUCACUCUGCAGUUCUCACAGCAGUUUGCCCUGUGGAGGGUUGGGAAGGUGUCAGUAUUGAAGCUGCUCGUUGACCAGGCUUUGUGCAGGAUUUGGUGCAUUUCAGUUAAUGUGGUACAAUACACAGUACUGUGUAUCAAAGCUAGCAAGAGCUGGUGAGACACUAAAACAUGUAGCUAAUGCCACAAGAGCGUUAGCUUAGCAUGAAGACUGGAAGCCCUGAGAAACGUUAGCCUGGAUCUGUGUGAAAAAAACAGUCGUGGUUUUAGUGCAUCUCAUUGGCUGUCCCACUCAGUCUUUAUAGUAAACUGGUCAUUUCCUUUGCUUUAUCUACUUGGUUCUUGGUGUUUUGUAUUUAGCUAAAGCUAGGUAGCGUUCUUAGCAAGCUAAAAAUGAGACAAGCUGCUAGCUUAAAAGUCUCGCUUUCUAGCUAGCUCUGUCCCUUUGCUUCCAGUCUUUUUGCUAGUCUGAGCUAAUGCUAUAUAACUCUUAAAGAGGACCUGGCCUUCUGUAUUUUCAUGUAGGUACAGUAUACAGGUUGUAUACAUUCAGUCAUUAUUUCAAUCAUUUUUGCGGCGUCACAACAAACUGAUCAGCUUGUCAAUCAGUCGUCUGCUGUAGGCACAAGAAGCCUGAGCAGUACAGGCGUGACAUAAACACUGCACGCUGCCCCAUGGUAGGCUUCCUGACGUUCUGCAAUCAAUGAUAGUGGGCUUUCAGGGAGGGGAGGGAGUCUCGAGAGACGGAUGCUGAAAUGGCCCAGACAGGAUGAACCGAGGGGCUCUAAAGUUGCCCAACUAAAGAUGAACUGAAAGCAGAGAGAGAGAUGGGUCCUCUUUAAGAAAGCGUUCAUAAUCCAGACGCUCAUCGGUUCUUUCACAGCUUUGAAACUGGACUUUCCCCAAAAGUUUUUCAUGUGCUGUUUUUAAACCAGGGGCAACAAGCUCGCCUCAUCAUCAGCUAGCCACAAUCUCUACUUUCCUAAAUUAUUAAUUACGUAAUGCAGAAGCGGUCGGUCUAUCACAUUCACUGGGGGACCUUGAGUCUCAGAGACUGACCGCUACACUGGUCUCACCAAAGCUGCCACGUUCUCAGUGCACUUGUGAAUAUGUUGAACAGGAAUCUCUCACUGUGUCUGUAUCAAGCUGUCAUUUUGCCAACUAGGUGCAAACUGCAUCUCUUCGUGUGCACAAAGUGGUAAAUCUUCUGUUUGCCAAGUAGCCUUUAGCUAACCUGAUAUGACUGCUGGGAAGCAGCCAUCACCACUGCCAGCCUAAGCAACGGCUACCAGAAGGCACCAAUACAGGACCACACAACACUACGGACUGAUGCAAUUCAGAACUGUGCCUUGACUAUGUUGUUAUUGUUGUCGAUGCCGUGUCUGAGAGUACAGUACAGCCUCUCUUGGAGGUCCCAGUUAUAUGAAUGCAUUGACUUUGUUUCUGAGCUUUGCCACUGGGAUGUGGCACCAGAGGCCCUGAGUGGUGGGGAUCAGCUACGACACUAUUGGACAAAUGUAAUUUUGUGUUUUAUUUUUCUUUCGACCAGUUUAAUUCAAUAUUUAUUUCGUCGUAGCAUCAAUUAAGUCGUCUGUUACAAAAGUGGAGCGAGAAUCCCAGCGUUUGGUGACUGUAGGGAGGAAGAACUUCAGUAGAUCCAGGAUCAGGGAGGGGCACAGAAAGACCUGAUAACAAUAAAAAGAAUGAAAUGCUUAGUAUGAAAGCAGCUGUAUGCAGAUUUAAGGUGAAUUCACCAGUUUAAUUAAAAAAAAACAAGCGAGUUGCAGUACUGACGAUAUAUGCUGUACUGAAGUAAAGGUAGAAGUAUUUAUACUCCACUGCAUUCUCUCAUAUUACACUCUAAAAGCUGAACGUCGUGGCCGUCAGCUCAUUUAUGUAGCUCGUUUGUUUUCAGUUGAAAUCGGCAGAGUUCCAUUUUUAUGGAAUGAUUCUUCUACACAACCCUACAAAGGGUCAUACUGCAUAACAAGUACAGCUUUUUACACUGCAGUAUUGCUGCUUUCAAUAUUUAGUUGUCCAUGCUGACAGGUGGCUCUUUCAUUAAGUACCCAAACAUUUCCCCUGCAAUGGAGCGAUGGGCUGAUUCCUUGGUUCCAUUAUGAACAUUUGUCUUAAAACUAAAACCUGCUCAGUCUCUUUCUGUGGCCCGCUGCCUGCACCAGGAUGGAUAAAUCGAUCUUGCACCUCCGGCUUUAAUGGAGCGCCUCAUCUCACCGUGGUUGGUUUGGGAUCAGCAGGUUUCCAGUGCUACUCUGAUUUGUAGCAGCAUGCGGAGCUGGUUUCAUGUGUCGGUACAGUGAUGAUCACUUAUGGUUGUGGUGCCUGAGACAGUGAUAUGUUUACUUGUUAUAAGACUAGUGAAAAGACCUUAAUAUACUCUGUCCCUACCACCCACUUGCCUUUUAUUUCCCUGCACAGUGAGGACGUGCAAACCAAACUAUUCAACACUGGCGAGGCUGUUAAAUCUCGUCUGUGGAGAGCAGGUGGUGUACGCAUCACUGUCAUCUAUUCUGUAAAGACGAUGCCUGAAUGAAAACAUGGAAAUCAAACAGUAUUGUAUGGAAAGAAGUACAAUUUUUACUUGUAUCAUUUUAGAAGUUUUAUUGUCAGUUACAUUUCAGAUGGUAUGGUAGUGAUGUAUCAGCGAAUAAUCCACCUCACACUCACCAGACUCUAGUUUUCUUCAUAAAGUGGUUCCUGUCUCUCACAUGCACACACGCACACACACACACACACUUAGUACUCGGACCAUGCUGUUAUUGGUACCCUGUAUGCCUCGUGUCAUUUUCAUGUAUGGAUUGUGUCAGCUCUAUUAAACGACUAUCACAGA